UUUUUAUAUUUUAUGAUUUUAACUUUUAAAUUUUAAUAUUUUUUAACCAUGGCCAAAUUAGCAGUUUUUGUAUUAUUUAAGAACGUCAUUCAUUUUGGCGACAGACCUUUUCUUUCUCCUAAACUAGUACGCGAUCAAUGCAAGAAUUUUAUUCGCAGCUUUCAGUAUGUUUUGGGCGUUGUACAUCCACAUCGCAGUAACUUUUCCGUGGAAUUAAAUCGUACACUUAUAUCGGACCGACACUUUAAUGAUAUCAAAAAUUUAGAAAAAUAUGCCACAAAGCACAUUAAUUGGUACAGCCGAGGGCAAAAGGAUCAAGUUCAUCCAUAUUUUAAUUAUUUACUCCUGGAUCCUCGCAUCACUAAUGAAUUAAGACAGCGCUGUGUUCGUAUGCAUAUGCUCGAUGUAUGGUAUACGUUCUUGCGAGCCAUAUUCUAUAUCGGGAAAGGUAAGGCAGCGCGACCAUAUGUCCACCUGAGGCAGGCCUUACAACUAUUCCAGAAAGAGCGACCAAAUCUAACGCUUGAUUAUGCCGGGCGAGUGAGAUUGGCCAGGGAUCCCAAGCUUGCUCUCAUCCUAGAUAUUUGGCGGCAACAAAGAGGCGUAUUAUUACUCCGGGGGUUUCGUAACAUUGGCUCCGACGAUGCGCACACACGGGAGGCAGCAAUGAUCGAUGCACUGGGCAUGAAUCAUUUAACUAAUCGUCGGCAGGGCGCUUACUUUGGUGUUGUGCGGCGCGAAUUCACCAUUGUGCAGCGGAAGCUGCUUGGCAUAAUUUUGCUAUAUAAACUAUUUAAAUUGUUUAUGAACAAGAAACGCGAGCGGGAGUUGCAUCCCGAGCAUUUUAUUAAGUCGCGUUCAAAGUACCAACAUGCACAUAUGUCUUUGCCAUUAGCGAACGCCUGAGCUUGCCCUGCCCGCCACAGAGCUGCAACAUUGAAGAACGAGGCAAAUUUGAUUUCUCCC